CUUGACUGGGAAGAAAAAGAAGAAUUGGAAAAGAAAAAAAUAAUAAAAGGUGUGCGUGCUUUUUUAUGAAAAAGACUUAUUUUGGCUAAUUUUGUGUGCAAAUCACGCACGAAGGGUGAAUAAGGUGUUGAAGAAGUGUGCACUGAUAGCAGAGGUAGUUGGCGCACGCACGUAUUGUCCUGCAAAACAAUAAUUUGGAGCAAGAGCGAGUGAUUGAAAGUGACUCAGCUCCGUGGAGGUGGUUUUCCGGACGAAUGUGCCUCCCGUGGUGGCUGCGAGACUGCUAGAGUACAUUCAGGAGCCCCAAAUGGGGGCGGGUGUGCCCACCUGUGGCACCACAUGACAUUUACGAGUGAUUUUCUCGUGAAAAGGCUGAAUAUCUAAAAGGAGAGACAAAGACAACAAAAACAAGGAGAAGAAGACAAAAGGAAGAAGAAAAAAUGAAAAUCGACACGUCACGCCUAAAGCGUGGCAAUUCGGACGUAUCCCCGGAAUGUCAGGAACUAAUUGAGCGCCUCCGUUCGUGCUCAAGGCCUGAGCUGGCGGAGGAAUUGGCCAAAAUUGAUUCGUGGACAUUUGGCAAGUGUGAGCUGUAUCACUGGAUUGAGGUCCUUGACAUCUUCGAUGGGAUCCUCGAGGAGGCCACGGAUAACCCGCGGAGUGAGUGGCACAUUGAGAUUGAUGUCAGCUUCACGCCAGAGGAAGUGAAGCUGGUGCUUCUUGUGCUGAAUUUCACAACACUCCUCAUUGAGCACAGCUUCUCACGGCAUCUGUACAGUUCAAUUGAGCACCUGAGUGCCCUCUUGUUGUCCGUGGACAUGGACAUUGUGCUUGGGGUCCUCAAUUUGCUGUACAUGUUCUCAAAGCGCAGCAAUUACCUCUCCCGCCUUACGGGGGAUACACGUGCUGCCCUCCUUGGUAGGUUGAAUUUCAUCGCUGAAAGCUGGGGAGGACGUGAGUAUGGGCUGGGAUUGGCUGAAUGCUGCCGUCCUGAUGCUCAGCUGCCACCAAGUGCGACAAUUUUCUACUAUGAAUACUACAAUAAACGCGGUGAAUUGGAAACAAUCAACAUGGACGACGUGAGGGGGAAAUUCAGUGAUCCGCGUGAUCUGACGCUGCAUCUUGUGCAACGGAGUACGGAUAAGUUGACAGAUGAGCAGAGAAUUCAUCUCUUUAUGCGCCUUCGGUCAUCAAUGCGCUUCCACGAGUGCCGUGCUAGGUUGCAGUUUGUUCAGGCACGCCUACAGGCUCUCUCGGUACUCGUCUACUCGGAUGCCAUUCACGAGAAGACGCAUUCAUUGAUCUAUCCGGGAUUUCUGGAGGAACUUGUGGAGCUGCUGGAGCUGCAGGGUGGGGAUUUAGUGGAGAUUCAUGCAGCUGCCUUGCGUACAAUGACGUCCAUCAUUCACCUUGAUCGCAAUCCAACACUCCCGAAGAAGCCAAGUUCACGCCUUGGGAUGAUUAUUGAUGUAACCGGGGCCAAUAGCUACCAUGGCUUCCUCCCAACACUCGUCCGGGCGUGCAUUGGGAGUCUCACAGCACCCACGGAAUCCUUCCCACUACCCCUGGCCACGGCGCUCUUUAGUUUUCUCUACCAUCUCGCAACGUACGAAGUUGGUGGUGAGAGUCUCGUGGCUUGUGGGAUGAUGGAGAGUCUCCUGCGCGUGAUUAAUUGGCAAGGAACGGAGUUGGAGCACAUAACAUUCGUCACACGUGCUGUGCGUGUGAUUGAUCUCAUCACAAAUAUCGACAUGGCGAGCUUUCAGGCACACGCCGGCCUCGCGAGCUUCAUUGCCCGCCUCGAAGUGGAGGUACGGACAUGCAGGGCAGAUCAACCGGAUGAAAUUAUCUCUCGUCCCCGCGAGGAGAUGUCCGAAGAUGCCUCAAUGGAGCCCACGGAGGAUAUUAUCCCACGUGGGGCAUCACGUGCAGCCGUUUGUCUGCCACAGCGUGCUGCCUUGCUGAAAUCCAUGCUGAAUUUCCUCAAGAAAGCCAUCCAGGAUCGUGCUUUUGCCGAAAGUAUGCCCCACGUGAUGGAGGGAACACUCCCAGCGAGUCUUCGGCACAUAAUCAGCAAUGCUGAAUACUAUGGCCCAUCCCUGUUUCUCCUCGCAACAGAUGUGGUCACUGUGUAUGUUUUUCAGGAGCCAAGCCUCCUGUCGGCCCUUCAGGACAAUGGGCUGACCGAUGUUGUCCUUCAGGCACUCCUGCAGAAGGAUGUUCCAGCAACGCGAGAAGUUCUUGGAUCCCUCCCAAAUGUUUUCAGUGCAUUGUGCCUCAAUAGCCGCGGAUUGGAGGCCUUCCUCGCCUAUGGGCCCUUCGAUAGACUGUUUAGGGUGCUCCUCUCACCCACCUACCUUCCGGCCAUGCGUCGUCGACGUAGCAGUAUUGGGGAUACAGCAACGAAUCUCGGGAAUGCCGUUGAUGAACUAAUGCGGCAUCAACCGCGUCUCAGGCAAGCUGCCACAGCGGCAAUUGUGAAGCUCCUCAAGGAUUUAGUGGAGCUCGGGUCGAGUGCACGAUUUGUCUGCUGGCGCCCACCAGCAUCGGCCAAUUCCAGGGAUGCCCCGGCGAAGAAGCAAACCCCAGCUGAUGCAGGGAGUAGCGAUGACGAGGAGGAUGAGGAGGAGGAAGCGAGCACGGCUUCACAGAGAUACGAUGCAGCCCCAUCGGCAAGUCGACAGCAGCAAGUUCCCCUGACGGACUACAUUCACAACACAAUGAAAUUUAUCGAUGCAAUUUUGAGUAAGAGCAACUCAGAUGAUCAUUGCAGGGAAUUCGUGUCGCAGGGUGGCCUUAAACCCUUGCUGCAGGUUCUUGCACUACCGAAUUUACCUGUUGAUUGUCCCGUCACGGCGUCAGCACAGAGUGUUGCGGCCGUUUGCAAGAGUAUCAUGAGCUUGGCAUUUGAACCAAUGGUCUUGGGGAUUGCGUUGGAGCAUUUGAGUGAGAUUGUUGGGCGUUUGGAGCCACUACAGAGGCGCCUUGAAUGCCCGGGUGGGAGUGUUUUGCUCAGUGAAUUGGCGCACUGUCCGGAUCCGGAGGCUGCCUUCGCGACGCCGGCAUUUACGCCACUUUUGCACGCGAUUAGUGCAGCUCAUGGGUACAUCGUGAUGUUGGUGCAUGUUUGCCGUACGGGACAGAAUAAUGUGCGAACGGUGUCACUGCAGAAAUGGGGGCAGGAUUCAGAGCAGGGCUUGGGGUUGCUGCGGCGCCUUGUGCAGCUGUAUACGGCCCUUGUGUGGGAGAGUACAUUGCUGCUGGCACUGUGUACGGAUGACAUUAUUCCGCCUGGAUGUGAUUUUGGGAAGGAAGAUCUCGAUCGGUUGUUGCGUGAUGACACCCAGCCGAGUAAUGGUGUAACCAAUGCCAUGGAGAAUUUAACGACAACAAGCACAGAGGAGGGAGCGGGGAUAAUGGAGAUUGACUUGACACAAUCAUCCAAUUCGAGUGAUAGCGACAAAGUUCCGCGAAAGGCACGUUCUGCUGCCAAUCCCACCCAAUUGCGAUACAUUAAUGUCCUCUUGAGUGUCUCAUCGCGUCUUGGACGAGCGUUGGCGGAACUUUUUGGGUUGUUGGUGAAAUUGUGCGUUGGGAGCCCUAUUCGGCAGCGUCGUGGUCAAACUCUACCCGCUGUUCCACCGUGUUUCGCUGAGACAUCCCGGGAGAUUGGUCGGGUAUUGAGUUUCACCCUUGUUGAUGGGCUGUCGUACGAUAAAUUGCCCCCAUCGCCAUUUCCAAAGAUGAAAUUUACAUAUUUAAUUUGCAGCAUUGGCUUCACGAUGCCAAUGCUCUUUGAUGAGCGAAGGUAUGCCUUUCAUUUGAUGCUACAGAAAUUUGUGCAAGAAGGUGGUCUUCGGGCGUUCUUUGAGGUGUUCGAUUGGGCCCUAACAAGUGCAACGUCCACCCAUGAAUUACCCGAGAGUACGGUGGAGUUUAUGAAUGAAUGGCUGACGCUACUUGAGCGAUUAAUUAACCCCAAAGCCAUCCUCCAUAGCCCGCAUGUUCUCCCAGCACGUCCACAUGGGAGUACCGCUGGGGCCACGCGAGAUCCGCAGGAUUUUGACGUUGUGCAGUACAUGGUGGAAGUGCAGAGGAAGGCUUUUCACGCGAUACAAAAGCUGCGGAAUCAUGUCUCAAUUAGUGCCUACAGUGAUCGUAUGCAUGAGUACAUUCUCGUGAUUUUGAAGCACAUCUUCAAGGCGGAGGCGAUAAUAAAGGAACGUCAAACGGAGAGGGUGCCAGCCGAAGAGGAGGAACCACCACAGGGGGAUGUUGCUGCGAGGGUUGUUGUUGGUCGAGGACGGGGACUAUCAAUUACAGCAACAUCGCGUUUUGCUGAUGCAACAGCUGCUGCUGCUUCUGCUGCAGCUCCCGUCAAUCCGCAGCAUUUGCGCCAACUAAUGGACAUGGGAUUCAGUCAUGAGCACUGUACAGCUGCCCUUAGGCAGGCAUCAACACUCGAAGCAGCCACAGAUCUUCUCCUCAAUAUGCCAGCAGAUCGCCCCGUGGAUGGAGCAAGGAAUAUGGAUGUUGAUAUGGGUGAAGAGGAGCAGUAUAUUCAUGCAAUUCUCAUGAGUCUGCGUGACAUGCCGGACAAUCUUGUCGAGGGGAAUACAAUUGCUGAGCCAGCAGUUGUGGAAGAACGUCCCCCUGAGUGUCCACCAAUUCCCACGGAGGAACUCGAUAGAUUCACCGAUGCAGCUGUUUACAUCUCCUUUCACAUCAUUGACACAAUGCCCGGGCUUGUCUCCCGUGCCCUGGAGCUCCUGGCAACAAUUGCAAAGCGCAAUGGGGAAAAAUGGCGCGAUGACCUUCUAACAGUCCUCCUUGAUGACGUGAUCAGUUGCCUGACGUACUAUGAGAAACAUUUGGGUAGAACAACACCAAGGCAGGCAUUUGUGAGUCUCAUGGGGAACACACAGCUGUCGGAGAAGACAAACAAUCGUCUCCACCUUCUCCGCUUGAUGCUGGAUCCACAGCAAAAUCAUGAACUUCGCUUCCCAACGGCACAGGCAGUUGGCAAAGCAAAUCUUCUGGCUAAAAUCUUCACCGUCAUCGAACGUCUUGAUCAUCGUCUUACACACUUUAGCACCGAAGUGAAUGGCCCCAAAUGGUUUCCGCAUUUGGUUGUUCUCUUCAAUCAAAUUGAACAAGUUGCCGCCUUCCUGGAGCGUCGUGAAGCAAUGACAAAUGUCUGUACACGCUCAUGGCGAUGGUAUGAUGUGGCCCGUAGUCAGUGGAAUACCUUCUCACCGGCAAAUAGUCGUCUAAUCUCCACGGCAUUCGCAGCUGGGGAGACAAGUGUACGCAUACGGAGUGAGAGGCAGCGAUUCACGGUGAAUUUGGGCUGUAUGUCGCUCGUGAAUGAGGAAACGGGUGCCUAUCAGCCCGUUAUACUCGCCCUAAAGCCCAUGGAUCCACGCAAUGAAGAUCCACCCCUUGCCUCGAUUCCCCUCAUUCGGGGACUUGAACAAUUCGACGUGAGUAUGGUGCUGGAAAUUCUCAUUGAUCUCCUCCCGCUGUCCGUGGAUGCCAAUGUCAAGCUAUCCCUCAUGAAGGUGUGCCUCCGCGUGACACGACACUUCCCGCACGCAAAAUACUUUGCUCAACACGGAGGAAUUGAGGCACUUCUCCGGAUGAGACAGGUUCCUGGGCAGCCAGCCUUCUUGCAGAUGGCUCUUCUGCUCAUACGGCAUGCCAUUGAGGAGCCAAGAACGUUGGAACUCGCCAUGGAGAGUGUUAUUGCGAGUCGUUUAGCCCCGAAUGUCCCAACGGGGUAUCGUGAUCUCAUCUAUUUGACACGUCAAGUGAGUGCAGCUGUGGCAAGGAGCCCUGAAACGUACACACGUGUGGCCAAGAAGAUGCUGCGUUUGGAUGCAUCACGACGUGGGGAUGAUGAUACGCGUUUACUUGUGAAGUUGGCACAACCACCAACAACAUCGCGGAAUUACGUGGUUGAGGAUAAGGUGACACAUGAGGUGAUUAAUGCCAUUCUUGGGGCACUUGUAGCGAGUUUGGGGGCAGCUGAGGAAGAGGCUCCACCCAAUCCGGAGGAAGUUCCUCUGCCCGAUGAGGAGGAUAAUGAUUCAACGGCUGAAACGCCACGAGCACGUUCGCCACGAUGGAGUUCAGCUGCUGCGACAACAAGUGAGGCAGCAAGUGAUCUGGAUAGGCCCCUGCUGUCCAAGGGUGUCCUCUUGCGCUUCCUGAGUGAUCUUGUGCGAUCGUACCAGACGGUGGCACUCAUUGUGGCUGAACAUACAAUCCCACCCGAUGAUACACCCCUCUUGGCCUACUUGAUUGACACCUUCAUCCCCGGAACGGAGUCAAGUCGCGACAGGGAGUGCAAUGCAAGUGCAAGGAUGCUAAUUUCAUCACUUGCCGCCAUGUCGGGUGUUGGGAAGAUUCAGAGUAUUCUCAUUCAUGAGCUGAAGAGUGCUCUCGUGCGGACGUGGCAAGUGGGUGAUAUGGCAAGGAAGUGUGUCCACAUUCAGCUUCUUGCGCAACUCAUUCCCAUUCUCAUUGAGGGUAGUCCGCCUGAGCCACCGGUUGUGAUGACAACGAGUGGCCUGAGGCAGCAGCUGAUGAUGCCACGACGCAAUAAUAUGUUUUACGGCAUGGUUCGGUUGAAUUUGAUUGAUGAUCUCGCCAAGGUGACGCAGCAGGUUGAUUUUGCCAAUCCUCACGCCGUGGCGACACUCAAUGCUGCCCUUAAGCCCCUUGAGACCCUGCUGAGGUUGACAAAUCAACCUUCGCUGUCCGUUGUGACGCGUCGUCGUGGGCAGGCAACACGGGCAACACGCCGAACGGUGCCACAACGUGCAGCAGCAGCAGCUACAGCCGCGGAGGAGCCACAGAGGAAUGUAGAUUUAAUCGUGGAGACAGUGAUGAUGUCCCCGGAGAAUGGGGGAGAACGCGCAGGAGCGGCAACAGCAGCAACGGCAACUGAGCCCACACCAGCUCCGCAGGAAGGUCAAGCAUGGGGUGAGGAACAAGAGGAACCCCCGACGUGGCAUGAUUUGUACACGAUGGAAUCAUCGAGUGAUUCGGAGGAGAGUGAAUCAGCUGCAGGGGAGGAGAAUGCCGAACCGGCUGACAUGGAGAAUGAGGAGGAAGAGGAACCCGAAGAGGCUGAAGCAGAGGAGCCAAGUGAUCUCGAUGUGGACGAGGAGACGCGACAAUUUAUCGAGAUGUACGAUCAGCACGUCUACGGGGCACGAAGAUCACCCACAUUUGGGGACAUGGAGCGUGAACAGGAUGAUGUGAUCACCAUUCAGUAUCCACGAGAUGAGAGUACAAGCACCUAUAUCAUUGAAGCUGAAACCCCGGCAACGCCUGAGACGCCACGGGAUACAGCAAGCCCCCGAGUUUACUUCCACACAAUGUACGAAGAGGGCGGCGCUGCUGGUGGAUCGAGCAGCAAUGCAGCAUCUGAUCGCCCGGCAGCAGCAACAGGAGGAAGGGAAGGUAGUGCCCUGCCCACAACAGCUGCAGGGAAUCUGCAACUUCUCAUGGGAAGCCCCUCGCAGAGUCUUCCCACGGAGACGACAACAACGACGCAGCGAACAAAUCGAAUGCGACGCUAUCAGUACUUGAGAUCAAUUGCAGCACGGAGUACGAGUCAACCGGUGAUCCUGCAGCGUCUUCUCGGCUCGAGCACGCAUAUCUCCUCCUCAGCACCCUUCCGGGAUGCCACGCGUGUUGUUCUCAUGGACAACGGGUUUGGGAUCUUCUCCCCACAGGCGUCGUCAAGUGGGCAAGACGAAGGGGCCAUUGAUGUGAUCGACAGGGCGGACUAUAUGUUUGGACGAAGUCUCGCAGCUUCUCUCAACAACACCCCGAGCGUCCUUUCCGCAUGGGUUGAGGAAUCCAAACUCCUCGGCUUGGAGACGCAAUCCUACAUCUGUCUAACCGUUUGCGAUGAUAUUCUGCGUGAGCUGGAGGUGCACAAGGCGACGGAAAGUGCCAAAAUGGCAGCAAAGAAGAAGAAGCAAGCCGACGGGAAGGCCAAAGCCAAUCCACAGGCAAAUGGACCAACGGAGGAGCAAAAGCAAACGGCUGAACCGGAAGUGGCAACAGUUCCGGAAAUUCGCAUUGAUAGACCCCCAAUGGAGGGGCAACAGCCACCACCACCGGAAGAGCAGCAACAGUCUGAAAUUAUCCUUCGUGCGGCGAAUGUAGCUCUGCCGAAUGUUGCGGAAGAAGGAACGGAAGAUACGGGAGAUGAGGCAUCAGCCAGAGAGCAAGAGAGUAUCCGUGUGAUCCUCAUGACGCGUAAUACGGAUGGAGAGAGUGAACCAGAAGGCGAAAGGAAUUCCGAAGACUCCCAAAUGAAUCGCUUAAGCUACACAAUGCACCGAGAUGAGCAAAUGAUGAGACCCUUUGCGGAUGAAAUGUCCUUCUCCGAGGGGGAUGAUGAUGUCUUCGAUAGGAAUGUGAGUGAGAGGAAUAUGGCGGUGAUCACCAUUCCCGAUGAUGAUGAUGAAGAUGACAAUGAGGAGGAAGAAGAGGAUGAGGAAGAGGAAGAAGUUCCGGAAGAGGAAGUUCUCGAAGUGGAGGAAGAUUCACAUGCUGAUGCAGCACCCCCGGCAUCCAAUGUGACCCAGCAGCAGGCAGCACCGCAGGAGGCACCAUCCGCAGCAGCAGGUGGAGGAGGAGGAACCGCAUUGAAUGAGGAAUCUUCCGAUGCCCUUGCAAAUGUUCCUGCGGGCAUUGAUCCGAGCUUCCUGGCUGCCUUGCCGGCUGAGAUGCGACACGAGGUGAUUGAGGAGCAUUUGCGCGUUGAGAGGAAUCGCGAGGAGGCACAGAGGAAUGCAGCUCAGCAUGAGAAUCAUGCCAUUGCGGAGAUAAAUAGUGAAUUCCUGGCAGCAUUGCCGCCGAAUAUUCAGGAAGAAGUGUUGGCGCAACAGCGGAUUGAUCUGAGGCAGCAAGCAGCAGCCACGGCAAAUCCCAAUGAUCCCGUGGAUGCGGCAGCUUUCUUCCAGAACCUCUCGCCAGCAUUGAGGCAGUCAAUUCUCACGGAUAUGGAGGAUAGUCAGAUAUCGGUGCUGCCGCCCGAAUUGGCGGCUGAAGCACAAAAUUUACGACGUGACUGGCAAUUGAUGCAGGAGCACGUAAUGAAUCUCCUUGGGGGUGCAUCCGGAAGUUCUCCCGGAGCUGUUUUGCGGUACCGUGGAAGGGAUUCCGCCCCGAGAUCGAGGCUUCGUGGUGGAUGGGGUCAAGCGGCGCAUCUUCAUGGGCUUGGGGAGUCAUCAAGUGAUGGCGUUGUGACGGUACUGGGGCAACAUUCAAGUACAAUGGAUCGUCAGGGGAAUGCUCUACUUGAUCAGGAAGCUCUUGCCUCACUCCUUGUGAUGCUCUUUGUUGAUGCACCCAAAUUCAAUGUGAUUCGCUUCCAUCGUGUUGUGAGGAGUUUGUGUUUCCACCCGCCAACACGAAGGUGGAUCAUCAGGGCUCUUCUGGCCAUAAUGGAGCGUACGGGAGAGAAGGUGGCGCUCGGGUUGAAGCGUCAAGAGGGCAGGAAGCGUGGCCCUAAAAGCUCUCGGCAGCCAGAGAGGCCAACAUGGCUCAAUAUUCGUCUCGAUCCGGCACUCGGUUCCCGGGCGAAUGUCUUCAUUUACUCCGGGAAGAAGCUCCUGCUGCAUCCACAGGCAGCUAGUUUUGCCUGUAGGCAUGCCCUAGAACUUCUCACGCUACUCGCAAAGACCUUUGCAGCCAAUUUCAUGCCAACAAUGCAGGAGAAGACGCAACAGGAUGAAGCUGGACCAAGCCGACAACCACCUCCGGAAGAUUUUUGGGCAAUUCUCUUGCGUUUGGACUCACCGGGGGGACGUGUGGCGCCGCCGGAACCACAAAAACGUACCCCAGGGGCACAUGUACCACGCCCAAAGCCAAUUCCGGUGACUUUCAGUGAACCCGAAGCUGCAAAUCUCGAGGAAUCUCCCUUUGGACGACUCAUUGUGAUGCUCCGUGCACGGAAUAUACGAAAGAGUAAACAGUUGACGGAUAAACUCCUUCGGCUCCUAGCUUAUGUGAGUAUAGCUCUGCCUAAAGAGCCCCCGGAGCCCGAAGAGGGGAGUGAGGAAGCAAGGAAACCCCUUCCGGACUUCAUACGGAACUACAGUGUGGAGAUGUUGAAGACAAUUGUGGAGGUUUUGUCGGAGAAAUCGUGCUCAGAAGAUGGACUGGAUGACAUUGCAACACUCCUUGUGAAUGUGAGUCAAUGUAGCUCUGGGAUGCGUGAGAGUGUCAUUGAUCUCCUCCUUGGGGCUGUAACGGAGCUGGCGCAGCGUCUUGAGGAGCAAAUUCGCAAUUUAAUGGAGGAAUUAGCAGCUACAGCCACGGAAGCAACAGCCGGUGAUCCAUCUCCGGAUGAACCGUCUCGUCGGGGAACGCUUCAGGAUCGUUUUACGCGUGAAGUGGUUGUUGUGUCAUCAGAGGGACGCCCGAGAGCCACGGGGGAUUUGCAACUGCCCUCAAUGGCACCCCUUGUGGCCAAGACGAGCAAUCAAACGUUCUUCCUGCGAACGCUGAAGAUAAUUUUCCAGAUACGAAAGACAGAAGCAACGGAGGAUACCCCAUUGAGUGAUUCCUUCACAUUGGAUACCCUCUGGCAGGCACUCAGUGACUGCCUGGAACUCCUGAAGCAGACACAUGACCAUCAUGCAGUGCUUGUCUUCCAAUCUGCCGUCGAAGCGUUCUUCCUCAUGCAUGCACCACCAAAACGUGCCGAAGGAACGUCCGAAGCACGCCUGGAUGUUGCUUCGCUCGAUGUGGUGUCUCCCAUGUCACCCAUUGCCCAUGAAAAUGAUCUCCAGCGCCCGCGGGAGAGGCAAGUUGACGCCUCACCGAGUCAUACAGCAGCCACAGGGCAUCAUCAGAAGUUCCUCAAAUUUGCAGAAAAACAUAGAACAGUUCUUAAUCAAAUUCUAAGGCAGUACACAACCCACCUAGCAGACGGUCCAUUUGCCGUUCUUGUGGAUCAUACGCGUAUUCUUGAUUUUGACGUAAAGCGUCGCUACUUCCGUACUGAACUUGAACGUUGCGACGAAGGAAUAAGGCGCGAAGAGCUGGCCAUUCAUGUGAAUCGUAUGAAUGUCUUUGAAGAUUCCUUCAGAGAGCUCUAUAGGCGUAAUCCGGAAGAAUGGAAGAAUCGUUUCUACAUUGCUUUUGAAGAUGAAGAAGGUCAGGAUGCAGGUGGACUUCUACGGGAAUGGUACGUCAUCAUUUCCCGGGAAAUCUUUAAUCCAAACUACGCUCUAUUCACGGUAUCACCAGGCGAUCGGGUGACAUACAUGAUAAACCCGUCGUCACAUGCAAACUCCAAUCAUCUCUGCUACUACAAAUUCGUUGGAAGAGUUAUAGCCAAAGCAAUUUAUGACAACAAACUCCUCGAGUGCUACUUCACGCGUUCGCUGUACAAACACAUUUUGGGCAUAAGGGUGAAGUAUACGGAUAUGGAGAGUGAAGAUUAUGAAUUCUACAAAGGUUUAGUCUUCCUCAAGGAGAAUCAUAUAACGGCUCUUGGGUACGAAUUGACCUUUUCGCUUGAACUGCAAGAAUUUGGGGUGACCGAAGUGCGUGAUCUCAUCCCAAAUGGGCGCAAUAUUACGGUGACGGAGGAGAAUAAACUCGAGUACAUUCGACUUGUGUGCCAGCUCAAGAUGAGCGGAUCCAUCAAGCAACAGCUCAAUGCAUUCCUCGAUGGCUUCUACGACAUCAUCCCAAAGCGAUUAAUUUCAAUUUUUAACGAACAAGAGUUGGAGCUUCUCAUAUCGGGGCUACCAAAUGUCGAUAUUGAGGAUUUGAGGGCAAAUACAGAGUACCACAAGUACAGUCCUAACUCCAUUCAGAUUCAGUGGUUCUGGCGUGCGCUGAGGAGCUUCGAUCAGGCCGAUCGGGCAAAGUUCUUGCAAUUCGUGACGGGAACGUCAAAGGUUCCCCUUCAGGGUUUUGCUGCUCUUGAGGGUAUGAAUGGCAUUCAGAAGUUCCAAAUUCAUCGUGAUGACAGAUCCACAGACAGACUGCCUUCGGCUCAUACAUGUUUCAACCAGCUUGACCUGCCGGUGUACAAGACAUACGAUAAGCUGAGGGAAUGCCUCUAUAAGGCCAUCCAUGAAUGCUCAGAAGGCUUCGGGUUUGCCUAAAGAGAGAGAGAGAGACCACAAAAAAGAGGAAAAUAUUGUUUGGGAGCCAGAGAGAAGGAGAGACGCCAAUGGUGCCGGAACGUUGUGAUAAACAAACAAACAAACACAAUAGAAGAAACAAACAAAUAUUUGUGGAGGGUUGGAGAGAUUAUCAAGAUGAUUACGAUGAAGAUAGAGAGGAGAAGAUACAAAGGAGAAGAAGGAGGAGGAGUAAAAAAAAAAAGGAUUAGAAAUGAUGUCAAGAUUGCUUGUACAGGACAUUCCCCACCCUCCAAGCGCGUCAUUGAAUUUUUUUUAAAAAAUGAAAUUAAUUAAAUUGAAAUUUCUUUCUUUCUUCGUUUUUUUUUUUUGUAAAGAGAGACUCAAUGAGAGAGCUGUGUAACAAAAUAAAAAUAAAAUAAUAAUUUGUCAGAGAAAAAAAAUGAAGAAAUAUUAAGAAGAGAGAAAGAGAGAAAAUGUAAAAUGAGGAAUUAUUGAUAUAUAUAUUAGUGAGAAAAGAUUUUUUCCGCGCAAUAAA